UGGACUGGACUGUUUACGUUCACUUGUUUCUGUUUAAACUUGAUUAAUUUAACUAUUAGCUGUUUGAAUUAUUUGUUCAACACAGAAAUAAAACCCAGAGCUAGUUUCACACAUUGUAAUAAUGACGGAACCCACUGAAAAAGUGGAAAGCAAUUCAGACGCACGGAGGAGAAUACUUAACAUAGCAGUUUCCACAGUACUUCUAGAAUCAGGCUUCGAUGCUGCUGAUAAAAUGUCACUAGAGACGCUUACAGAGAUGUUACAAUGUUUUUUCACUGAGGUGGGAAACUCUGCUAAAGGAUAUUGUGAGUUGUCGGGACGCGUUGAACCAGUUCUUGGAGAUGUUUUCAUGGCUCUCAUCAACAUGGGUAUUAGCCUACAAGGCUUAGAGCAAUAUGCAGCCAGACCUAACCGACAUGUGAUCCAGCCCCCACAACAAGCGCCUGCACCGAGGACACCCGCCAUGCUGUCUGCUGGGUCCAAGGCCAAGCCGGCACCACACAUACCAUUUCAUCUGCCACCUCUGCCUGAUCCACAUGCUUACAUCAGGACACCUACCCACAAACAACCAGUGACUGAAUAUGAAGCGAUCAGAGAAAAAGCAGCGAGUCAAAAGAGGGACAUUGAGAAGGCUCUCACCAAGUUCCUGGCCAAAACUAGUGAGACACACAACCUGUUCAACACGGAGGAUAACACAGUGUUUCCAUUAAUAGCAUGCAAGCCAACAUUCCCAUCGUACCUGGCGUGCUUGCUGCCGACAGACCAGGUCUUCGACUUUGAUGAGCUGGAGUAUCAUUUCCAAGUGGCUAACAGGACUGAAGAUAUGCCUGCUGAGAAGAAAGACCAAUCGGACAACGAAGGAGACAAUGGAGGUGAUGACCCCAACAACUCGCAAUCAGAGAAUCAGGAUAACCCGCCCCCCUCCAGCCCAGAGAGGAGUAAAACAUGAGGACGGAAUAUUAUUCCUUGUCUUAUACAUAUUUGCAAUUAUGAUGUUAGAAAUAAAUUACUAAGAAGCCUG